AUGUCACUGUUUCGCAAACCAAAGAAAAUUCAGAGACGCGUUUUCUGCGCGGAUGAUGACGAGGACGGCGAUCCUGAGCCGCCACCACCUCCAAUCAUCAGUCAAAAAAAGGAAAACAAACCUAUCAAAAAUACUCCACUUUUAAGUUUUGCUGAUGAAGAGGAUGAUGGAGAAGUUUUCAAAGUAAAGAAAUCAUCACAAAGCAAGAGGCUUGCUAAACGACGGGAGAAGGAGAAACGUCGUGUCCCUGAUGGUGAUAUUAACAAAUAUGACAAUAACACAACUGAGGCGCGUGAGCUAGGCGAUUUCGUUCCGAUACAAUCUGAAGCUACUCCUGGCUCGCGGCUCAUACGCGAUGAUGGUUCUGGCGAUGAUGAAGACGAAGAUGGCAGGAUACAAGUCCGCGGCCUAGAAUUACCUAGUGAUAAGCCCAAACGCGGCACAGCUGCAGCAGCCUCUGAAGAAGAGCUUGACAGUGAAGUUGAAGAAUGGGAAGAGCAGCAAAUGCAGAAAGCAAUGCCUGCUAUCACAGAUAUUGCAGGCGAAGGCAAUAUCGAGCUCAACCCAUUCGCAGUAGCGCCGCCACAGCCGUGUCUGACAGAGGCGCCUUCACACUUACGCUCAUUAGUUGGCCCCGGCAAGGCUCCACCUUCCACUGCUCAAGAACUCCUUGAAGCCCUAAAGACACGUAGUCAGCCUCAUUUCUCAACAAGUCAGCCAUGUCUAGGGAUGGGUAAACGCCCGGAUUAA